AUGGCCCAAUACGGCGUCCUGGUAUUCCGCAGCACUGCCCUCAACGAUGCAAGUCACACGGCCUUCGCAAGCCAAUUCGGCGAACUAGACGUCUCAACCGCCCGCGCGCCAGCCGGGACUGCAUACCGACUAGGCCCCGGGAGCAAACUGGCCGAUGUCGGGAACGUAGAUAACGCUGGCCGCAUCGAGCCGGUGACAAGUGUCCGGUCGCAGGCGAUGCGGGGAAAUGGUCUCUUUCACGUCGAUUGUUCCUACCACGCGCGUCGCUCGGGCUAUUCGUUUCUCCGGGCACACGAGCUGCCUCCGUCGGGUACGGCGGGCGGGACCUCGUUUGCUGAUACCCAGACUGCGUAUGCGGACUUGGACGAGAAGACGAAAGAGGAAAUCAAGGCCCAUGUCCUCUGGCACUCGUUGUUGCACAGUCGGCGUCUGGCGUGCCCGGAGGACAAGGUCUUCAAGUAUCUGGAUCUGGCUCUGGACUUGCAUGACCUUCGCCGUCUUCCUCUCUUCAUGAUUCUGGCGCUCACAGCUCGUUGGCUGGGUUAUCUGGGGCGUCUCACCAGCAUAUCGCUGGUUCUAAUGUCCUUAUUUGGUCUCGCACGGCUCCUCCUGGUGUGCGUGGUCCCGGGGCCUCUGAAUGCGCGCCAUCCCAAGCGACUGGUGCAGUUGCAUAAGCCCAGCAACCGGCUAAAUUUAUACAUCGCGGCGCAUGCCUACCGGAUUGACGGAUGGAGCGCGUCGGCUAGUAAGCCCGUGAUAGAAGCUUUGUUGCGGCAUGCGAGCCAGGAAAAGUAUACCUUCACCGUGGACUGGAAAAAUAACGGUGAUAUGAUUUUCUGGGAUAACACAUGCGUCAUGCAUCGGUCAGAGGGGGGUACAUAUCAGGGGAAGUAUGUUCGCGAUAUGCGAAGAGCGACUGUGUACGAGUCCUAUUGA